GUGACUAUUUUACUUCCUUUUGUCUUUUGGGUCUUCCUCCUAUAAGUAUUCUCCCAUUUGCUCCUUUAUUUUCCUUAGAAGCUCUUCUACUUAUAUAUAUAUCCUAAGUACUAAAGUCCCAUAAAUCCCAUAUUGUGGCAACCCAAAUGGAAGAAACCUCCUUAAUCACCUCAUAUUGCAAUCACCAAACAAUAUAUUCAUCCUCCACCUCUACAUCUCUCUCUGCCUCAGCCUCUGAUGCCAACAAUUUCGUCUCUACUACUCUUACGACCAAUAAAAAUUACACAAAAAGAUUAAAAGAGGACAAAAUUUGCAAUGAGAGUAGAAAAAAGAAGUCUAAGGGAAAUUUCGAAGGAAAACAUCCUACGUAUAGAGGAGUAAGAAUGCGAAAUUGGGGUAAAUGGGUAUCAGAAAUCCGCGAGCCAAGAAAAAAGUCAAGAAUAUGGCUAGGAACUUUUGCCACAGCUGCCAUGGCAGCUCGAGCCCAUGACGUGGCAGCCCUAGCCAUCAAAGGCCAUAAUGCUUUCCUAAACUUUCCCGAAAUAGCACAUCUACUACCUAAACCAACAAGCACCACUCCCAAGGAUAUCCAAGCCGCAGCCAUUAAAGCCGCAAUAGAAUUUCCAAGCUCACAAGCCGAGCCAUCAAACCAAGCCGAUUCCCCAAUUACAACCGCCACGUCAUCAUCGUCCAACUAUGACACGUCAUCAUCUGCUUCAUCUUCUAAUUUUGAUGACAAUAUAUUCUUUAACUUGCCUGAUUUGUUCUUAGACCUUGAAAAUGUCAUAGAAUUUGGGCACUCGCUACAUUGGCGGCUACCAGAAGCCGAUGAGCCGGCUAAUGAUCAUGAUGAGCCAGCUGAUCCAUUCAUAUGGGAGUACUAAAUUAUUUCUAAUUAGCUAUAGGCUAAUUUAGUGUUUGGCAUUAAUAAUUAAAAAAAAGUACAAUUUUGCGAUUUCUGAUCAAAUUAUUGACUAAAUGUCUUGAAAAUUACUAUUUACUAGUGGCGUGUUUGGGAAGGAAUUAGACUUAUGAUGGCAAAUUUCGUGCUUCUCAAUUAUACUCUGCCAAAGCAUAUGCUAAGGGAUUGGAGCCUUCAUUUAUUUAAUUAACUUACUUUCUUUCCUUUUUCUUUAUUCACUUUUAUUUAUUUAUUAGUAUUGUUUUUUGUAUGAAGAAUAGUUUUUUUUUUCUACUUUUGAUUUAUUUAAUAUAGGAAAUUUUAUUUUUCUUUUUUAGGUAUAGAUUAAUUAAUUACGAGCAUAUGUAUAUUUAGAAUUUGAAAAAAAAAAGAAAAGAAAUAAAUUUUUGUAAAUCAGAUCAUUCCCCUUCUGUUUUUCCUUUGUAUU